AUGGGUCGUGUUUUCAGAAUAUGGCGUGGUGAUUGGAAGAAGAACGCUCAAGAUCAGUGGUACUUUGUGCUAAACCAUGAAGACUACGGUUUCACAAUGUACAUGGAUUCUCCUGAAACUUUCCCAGUGAUCGAUUCUACACUUCGAGAAUACUACAUGCUCACUCCGGUAACUCAUGUUCUGAUAACCUACGGCAUGCCUAGCUGGAUGCUCCUAUCCAGCGGACCUUCCGCACCGAGAACCAUUGCUUCGACAUCGGACCUUGUCGACUUGAUAAGCCAGAGACCACCGCUAAUUGACUCAACACUCCUAUGUACUAUAGGUGCAAAGAGUGUUGCAGAGUUUCAGUUCCUCACUCGUUCUGAUUUCAGCAUAGGAUUCUCGACCUAUGUGGUUGGAGAUGGUCAGGAUGAUAUAGCCAGAGCAAGAUACGAGGGCUUGGUGUUGGGUGAGAGACAUCUUCUCAGUGCGAGUGUUCUCACAGAUAUAUUUGGAGAGGAAGACAUGGUUAUAAUCCACCGUGUUGCUCUGGAGAUGGCUCAUGCUGAUAAGACAAGGCAAUCUCAGACAGGGUAUGGAGUAGUCCAAAGAAUGGAGAUCAUUCAACUUGAUGAUGAUGAUGAGAUGGUUGAUUCUUUUCAGAAUGAAGUGACAGAAAAUGGAACCUAA